UGUGGAGAAACGAGUGGUGAAUUUUAAAUUGUCUCUUCGGGGAAGAAAAAUAAUAAAAACAGUGCGAAAAAAGUGAAUGAUAAGGGUAAAAAUAGUGUAUUAGUGUAGUGCUAAGUGUUCCUCACGCUGUGGACAAUGUCCAUAACACAAAACAGCAAUAAAAUAGAGAAUGUAAAAUUUUCCUCUCGAGAUGGUGUUUUGAGGAAAAUUGGGCAUUUCCGGGCGAGAGGACAGAAUUUCCAAACAGGGAAUAUAUCUAGUGGCACCUUCUAGGCCCAAAUUGUGGUUGUUUUUCUUUUUUCUGAGGGGGGGCCUCGAAUUUUUUGCGACUUUGCGAUGACAUCAAACUUCUUGACCAAAUUGAUUCGCAAAAAUGCCCGAAUUUGACGAGAACUUCCUGGCAAUUUGCUCAAGAAAUGAGCGAUUGAGGAAGUCAUCCUACAACUUCGUUAGCAAACCCCCAAAGAAUAUCGUUAAUCUCUUGGAAAUUCGGAUCGGUUCAUCGGGACACAAAGGAAGUUUACGUGGCACAAAACUGGCCAGACGGGCGAGAUCAUUUAAGGAUGAUUUCCUGGAGAAGAUUUCGCAGAUCCGGACGCCGACAAAUACAAUGACAAGGACUUCCUCACCGAGUAGUCCAAGAAAUAAAACGUCAAAGGGUUAUGUUGAGGAGCCGUCAAAGCCGGCUCAUGAUCUGAACUAUCAUGUGCGUCAAGUGAAAAAUUCCCUGACGCAUUUCAAAGAUGUGAUAUCGAAGAAGAAGCUAGAGAUGCUUCCGGGCAAUGGGACAGUAGUUUUGGAAUCCAUUGCAAAUGUUCAUACAGCACUGCAGGCGUAUGGGUUGAAUGAACAGAGCAAUGCACUCAUUUCUGCCAAGACACAAGUCUAUGCGUCCCUUGGGCGUCUCAUAAAGCUCUGUGAUGAGGUGCUUUUGGCUGAAAAUGAACAAACUUGUGCUGCCAUUGAACCAGAAAAUGUCCAGGAAGUGAUGGAAUUGAUGGAGGUGGCUCUUGAGAAUCUACUACAGGUAUCCAAUGCCAAAUUGACGGAACGUGUUAGUUCAUCACAAUCGCCCGUUGUCCGGACAUCAUCGAAUACGCUUCAGCGUCCGAUGAUUGAUGUAGCCAGUCAGAGGACAUCCCUACCGGAUAUUCCAUUGACACCACGUGAGAGGGAUAUUCUCGAACAACAAUCAUCUCGUACAGUUCGUUCCUCUCACAGUACAGAAAGUAUUCUUAGGGAUACGAGUCCCCCACCGAAACCACCACUUCCCAGUCGCCUAACUGAUCCUCCGCCCCUUCCUCCAAAGCCCAAACAACGCGCAGGACUCGCAGAUUCGGAUACAGCUUCAGAUCUCACAUUGCCCACCACGACAAAUGAACGAAGUUCAUGGCGUUCAAAGUCCCCAGAAGAUAAUUCUAGUCUACUGAGUGCCAGUGCUGGUUCCCUGGACUCAGCUCUCAAUCAGAGCCGUGAAGAUGAUAUCCUGGAGCCGUUGUUGGAGAUGGAUCAGAUGGCUAGAGCCACAAAUAGCGCCUCCUCUUCGUCACCGUGUCGGGAUUUUGAUGAAAGUGUCCCUACACUCUCAAUCACGGGCGCUGAUGACUUCCCACCGCCAAUUGUCCGGCGUUCUGGGCAGACGUAUGUGGUGACACGGAAUAUGAGGACGCAUUCGGCAGAACAGGAAUUAAUUGGUGGGGAAUGUGUGUCAGAGCAGAUUUUUACGCAGAAUGUGUUCAAUAAAUUUGAAAAGCAUAGUUUUAUGUGCAAGACGGACAGUGUUGACAGUGCAGGGAUGUCAGAGACACUGUCGUACGAUCAGGACGAUGAGCAACCACCGGAGCUGCCACAGAAAACCAGGCGCAGCAUCCACAAUCGAUUUGAUCGUCACAAAUCAGUAUACGAUAAUAUGCCGGGAACAGGAACUGAAUCGCAUCAAGGGGCCAAGCAUCAAUUCACAUCAACUACUAGUGGAGCAGCCGUGUUCACAUCUCAACACCAUCACCACAGUACAUCAGCCUUUGCAGCCACAUCAAUGAAGCACCAGAGUGUUUUUGAGCCUCGUCAGUUGCAGAAGUACCAGCAGCAAUUGCAACACGAACCAGACGCCGAAACUCAAGACGAAAAGCCGCCUCCUCUUCCCAUGAAGAAGAAGCACAUUAUGGCUUACAUGGAGAUAUUUGGAAAUUGCACUCAUGCCUCGCAGCAGAUAUGUGGGAAUGGAAUUCGAGGUGCCAAUCUUCAAGAACGUUCUGUCAGCAUGAUGCCAUCGAUAAAUCACGUGAGCAUGCAAUCUCAAGUGCUGGGAAGUAAUCAUUCAAUGGUCACUGUGAGCACAUCUUCAGCCACAAUGAUGACACGUACGGAGACUGUGGAAGAGGAGAAGCCACCGGCUUUGCCUCCGAAGCAAUCCCGACUGAGUAGUAAGGUGUCCGUGAAUAGUGACACGCCGCCACAGAGCCCGAGAGUCGUGAGUGGUGGUGUUGGUGGUGGGAGGCAUCAACAAAAGCCCUCCAUCUCGACGCCGUCAGUGGUGUGCAGUGGCUCUGGCGGUGGGGGACCUCAGUUGUCGCCCAGUAGUAAAUCCCUCAAGACACCAUCGCCACUGUCACCGCCACUGUCGGCCACACUCCAUCCGCAUCUAAACUGCCCGGCGGGCGUGGAAGUGAAAGUAGUGAAUGAUCAGAAAGACACGAAUGCUCAGCGAUUAUUCAAUUUCAAUGAAAGUCACAGCGAUAAGACACAAUCCGCCGAGGUGCUCAGUAAUCAGACGCGCAACGAAGAGGCAUCAGACGAAGAAGUUGUGCUGCGUAGGGAUCAGCACAAGAAAAAGGCGAGCAUGAGCUCAAACACUAGUCUACCCUUGGAUUUGAUCGAGGAGAUGGAUAUCUCGCAGUAUUUGGUGUUCAAGAAGGAGGGCGAGGAUGGACCAGAUGUCAAAGGUGGCCACUUGGAUGCCCUCAUCAUUCAUGCAACGAAAGUUGAGAGGAACUUUGAAAAUGAUUCAGAUGAAGCUAAAGAGAAUGCUUAUGGUGAAGCUUUUCUCACGACUUUCCGGACAUUUAUGACACCACUGCAACUUAUUGAGAAGCUAAUACAUCGAUAUACCAUGUUUAGUUGCCAAAUUGGUGAUCAGAAGCAGAGAGCGGCAAAAGAAUCUUUCUCAUUGCUGUUUCGUGUUGUUAACGAUUUAACAAUACCAGACAUUGAGGAAUACUGCUUGAAUUUAUUGGUGGAUUUUGCCCAUCAAUUGAUCUGCAGUGGAAACUUGACAAUGGCAAAAUUGCUAAGAGUGAAAAUUUUAGAGAAAGUCAUGAUGUACAAGCAACACAAGUGGUCACCAUAUUAUUCCACACUUUCAUCGAGGGCAGUCACGACAAAUCCCCCUACGCUGCUCGAUUUGAAAUCUGUUGAAAUUGCUGAACAAAUGACUCUUCUGGAUUCGGAAUUGUUUAAGAAAAUUGAAAUACCUGAAGUGUUGAUAUGGGCCCAAGAACAAUGUGAAGAGAGAUCACCGAAUUUAACAAGAUUCACUGAACACUUCAAUAAAAUGUCCUAUUGGGCUAGAUCACAAAUUCUCAAACAGGAAGAUGCCAAAGAACGUGAACGAUAUGUCAUCAAAUUCAUAAAAAUUAUGAAACAUUUGAGAAAAAUUAAGAAUUUUAAUUCCUACUUAGCACUACUAUCGGCACUUGAUUCUGCCCUAAUCAGAAGACUGGAAUGGCAAAAGACAAUUACAGAUAGUCUCAAGGACUAUUGUGCAUUAAUAGAUCCCAGUUCAAGUUUUAGAGCCUAUCGACUGGCCCUGGCAGAAACUACUCCACCCUGCAUUCCCUACAUAGGUCUUGUUCUGCAAGACUUGACGUUUGUUCACAUUGGGAACCAAGACUAUCUCACUGAAGGUAUCAUAAACUUUUCAAAACGAUGGCAACAGUACAAUAUUGUUGUCAAUAUGAAGAGGUUUAAAAAGAGUUCGUAUCCUUUCAAAAAGAAGGAGCACAUUAUUGGAUUUUUCGACAAUUUCGAAAAUUACCUCGAUGAAGAUGCUAUGUGGCAAAUAUCAGAAAACAUCAAACCACGCGAAGGCAAGAGAACGUGCAAAAGGUGAAUAUUUUAAUAUUGAAUGAAUUAUGAGGAUAAUUAAUUAUAUUUAUUGUGAAUGACAUGAAAUGGGAUUUAUUUAUCUCUUGAAUUUGAGAGAAAAUUUCAAUGAGAUAAUGCUACAACAUAAGUACAUGAAAAAAAGAUAUAAAAAAACUAUUUUUAUUACGUUAGUUUGUAUUAUGGAUAAAAAGUGAAGAGGGUGGAUAAAAAAGAUAAUUUAUUGAAAUGAAUUGGCAGACAAAAAAUAUCACUGUAGCAAAAAUUUUUAAUAUGUUAGAAGAUGAAUUAGAGAGAGACGGUGAAAUUUGUUGGUAGUUUGUAAACCAAUCCUUAUUCCUUAUUUUGUUGAAUAGCUGUAGUAUCACUGUCUCUUUUUAUUGGUUUUCUUAGUGAUAAAUUGAUUGAGAAACAUAAAAACACAACACUGAUGAUAAAAGUGAAUGAAGAAAAAAAUGUGUGGGAAUAUAUCUAACAUUAUCGAUUUAGUCAAAUAAUGAGAACUUAUUAAACUACUACGUAGGAAGUACUAAUUAUCACUAAAAAGAUUAGAUUGAAAAAAAAAAACUUAAA